AUGAAGGAGAGGCUACGAGCCGAGGGUGAGAAAAAAAGAGCUGGCGAAAAAAGGGAAUGGAAACAAAGUAGGAACAAGCUACGGGACAAGGGAUUUGCCGAAGAGCAAGAGGAAAAACUAGGAAAAAAGAGAGAGCCGAGAGUGAGAGAGAGCUACGGGCUACGGGCUUUGAGGGAGAAAAAGUUUCGGGGGGCUGGCAGGGAAAGAACAGAAAGAAAGAAAGAAGCAAGAGGGGCGGCUGAGAGAAGAAAACAAGAGAGGAAAAGAGAGAUUCUGGUGAGGAAGAAAGGAGAGGCUUCGGGCAAGCUGAAAAAGAAAGAAAACGAGGGAAGUGCGGCUUCGGCUGAGAAGAAAACUGGGAAAAGAGGGAGCUUGGGACUGAGGAAAACCAAGCAAGAAAAGCCACCGUUAGAGGAAGGAACCGAGAGAUCCGAGAAAGAACAAGGGAAAGAGGAGAAGGAAGAUCCAAGGCUAAAAAUCCAGGCUCAGGUUUCUUCAUCAGAGUCUGCGGUUGAUCUCUUCAUCAAACCCAGACUGAAGGUUCAAGUCCAAAGACGGUGA